GUGGAGCGUGUAUGUGACCACAGUCGACCGAGGAGAGCGGAGUUGAACAUAGGGCAUGUUCCGUGACGUAGGUCGAUGAAAGCGUUCCUUCGAAGACGCAGAUUCGCUUGAUGCUGAACGACAGUCAGUGAAUGAAACAAAAAACGGGAAACAUGAAUCUCUUGGUCACUUGCUUGUUUUUCGCCGGUCUGUCCUACCUUUACGGCACCGACCUACUAUCACUUCUACGUAUUUAUGUUGCAGAGUGGGUCCUCGGCGCCUCAAUGCCCGAGCCAGAAGCUGCGUUGCGGACCCCGCAAGGUGUCCCAUACGCCGACCUGAAGCAUUUCGUAAACGCCGACGGACAGCACUUGUUUUCCCGCUACUGGGAGCCGGAUGGCCCCCCAAGGGCUCUGGUGUUUGUUGCCCAUGGGGCAGGAGAGCAUUCUGGGCUGUACGGGGAGAUUGGCCAGACCCUAAAGGAGCAGUCCCUCUUUGUCUUUGCACACGACCAUGUUGGUCACGGCCAGAGUGAAGGAGACAGGAUGAAUAUUAAAGACUUCCAGGUGUUUGUCCGAGACUCCCUUCAGCACAUUGACUUGAUGAAGGGACGACACCCCGACCUGCCCGUCUUCAUCAUCGGACACUCUAUGGGCGGUGCCAUCUCCAUUCUGACGGCGUGUGAACGACCAAACGACUUUGCCGGCGUGGUUCUGAUCGCGCCCAUGGUCAGAAUGAAUCCAGAAUCUGCCACGCCCUUCAAGGUGUUCCUGGCUAAAUUGGCCAACCAGAUUGCUCCAAGUCUCUCGCUGGGCUCCAUUAAGUCAAAAUGGAUUUCAAGGGACCAAAAGCAGGUUGAGGCGUAUGACGCUGACGAGUUGAACCACCAUGGGGGGAUGCGGGUUUCGUUCGCCACCCAGCUGCUUACCGCGACUGAGCAGAUUGAGAGACAGCUCCCCGCCAUCACCUGGCCCUUCCUGGUUCUCCACGGCAACGCGGACAAGCUCUGUGACAUCACAGGGUCACAGAUGAUGUUUGAGCUGGCCCCGAGUAAGGACAAAAAGCUCAAGGUGUAUGAUGGAGCGUACCAUGCCCUGCACCAUGAACUGCCCGAGACAGCGGGAUCUGUACUGAAGGAACUCACCGGCUGGAUCUCUGAACGUCUCCCGGCACCUCCUUCACAGAGCUCCUAGUCUCCUUCUCCCCCUCCUCAACCCCUAACCCAAACCUUGCUCUCUGCGCUGUAUUAUCACUGUAUGAACCAUAAACCCUAACUACAUCUGUAACCACAGCUGACAUUCUCUAAUGCUGACAGACCAGUAGGCACCUCUGGCUAUACGCCAAACCCCUGAACCCCAUCCCUGUGUUUCUGUCUGUGAGACCAUACAGUUUAGGCUCCUCCAGGGAGAAGAGUGAGUCCCAUCGAAGUUUACCUUAAGGUCCGUGACCUUUUACCCCCAGUUUCAGAGUAGGGACGUGCUGAUUUCCUAGGCUGUACAUUAGGGACGGUAGCUGAACCCCAGAGUCCAUGCGAUAUUGACUAGUAAAUAUAUUAGCCAUAUCUCCUUGUCAUGACUUCAAACAGAACCAUGCUGGGAGAUGGGACAGCAGCAAUUCACAGAGGGAUUUUUUUGUCUCCUCCUGUGUAACCACGGUGAUCAUCAGCCUGACAGAAACGUGUCGAAUUCCCCCGAGGCUGCGUUGUUCCCUUUUCUGGGUUGCCGUGGAGACAGGUGGCCUUUGUUCUCUUCUCAAUAUCUGAGAUCCUCUUUUAAUAGAGUCAAACUACUUUUUUUUUACACCCAACGCCCCUGACUGCAAGACAGCUGCCCCUGGUGGUAAUAUAUAAAAAUGGCAGGGUUUAGCUGGCUGCAGUUCAAGGCAGAGAAGCUGCCGGUUUCUAUAGCAGCUUCUCAGAAAGACCCAAUGAAAAAGAGGUUAUGUCCGUUAGAGCUCUGCAACAAAACCAGUUUUGUCGUUACAGUUGAUGGCAUAUAAAUAGACAAUGGCAUCACGUCGCUGAAGUUCCCUAUGUGUUUAGAAUGAUGACACGCCGAAAUGCAUCAUCUUGAUUUAUGGGUGUUUUCCCAAAUUCUGCAUGACUUUAGGUUUAGUUAAUAACUGCAUUUAUGUCAAUGGGAAAUGUUCACAUACUUUAUCGAAUGUAUUUCUAAUGGGAGAGUUUUUUUUAAGCGAGAGACUGUUGAAACAAUUGGCCUAUACUUUUGAGCAUUUAAGUGAAAUUCAAUUUGCGAGAUGAUUUAUGAAUAGACUACUGUUUGUAAAUUGACUUCCUAAGAUAAAACGGUUAUAUUUCAAGGCCAUUUGGACCAUAGUUACUUCUUUAUCAGGGUUUGGUUUGUGGUCUUAGACUUGGGCAAAAUUUGUGUGAACCCAAUGGCCAGUUUUUAAAUUAUACAGUUUUAGGAAUAAUAUACUAGUUUAUUUUCAAAAAGGCGGAAUUUUUUACUUUUGAAACCAAGCACUUAUUUAUAAAUUUCACAUGUCAGACUGCUCAUAGAGAAUGGAAUAGAUAAAAGAUAGUACAAUAUGGAAGACAUAAAAACGAAUAGUCUGUGUCUACGUACACUUUUAUUUAUAUUGUGUACUGUAUUGGUAUAUGCAUUAUAUUGAUGUUUUAAAAAGUAUGCAUGUGAAAUGGAACAUAAUAAGAUUUUUAUACAAUAAACAAGUUACUUCAUUUUUUUUAUUGUGCAUUCAGGAAUAAUACCUGCUAACAGAAGUUGAUGUACAGGACUGAUGUACAGUAAGAAACUGAAUGGCCCUUUCUACAACAAUGUUGCUGAUAUUUUUGCACCAGAGAGUGAAAACAUUGUGAGGACAGUCUUAUAUUGUUACAAGUGCAUUCUUGUUUCUACCCAAAAAUAUGAAUGUUGCCAUUCUACUGAUUCUCAAGUGUAUGUUUCAUGGCAUACACAAAGACUCAAGGUUUAUAAGAAUUGCCUUGAAGCCCAAUCUGACCAAGAAUGUACUUGAACAAACCAUAUUUCUACAAAAAGUAGAGUUUAUUUUAGUAUGUGAUCUGUGUUGCUUUGUGCCUUAUUUCAAUGAACUAUUUGGAAAAUAACCAUUGCUCUUUGGUCCCUAAAGAUUUUGCUGUAGGGCUUAGUAUGCAUCCUCAUGUAACUCACGAGAAUAGUCCAAGCCUCACUGCAGUCAAUGUAGACGGGCCAAUCAGAUGAGUUGUCACCACUUAUAGUAGGUAUUCUGUGUGGACUUGUUGUUACAUCAUUUUAUUCCAUAGAUGUGCUGCAGAAAUAGGUCAAAUAGAUUAAUACUUUGAAAUAGUUGAAUUAGAACCAAUGACAUAAUCCCAAAAGGGCAAACUACAAGCUGAACUGAGUACAGCGCUAAUAAAAUAUUUGAUGUCAAAUAUUUUAUUUGAACUGUACUCAGUUUAGCUUGUAGGAGUUUUUUUUAAGCGAGUGACUGUUGAAUCAAUUGGCCUAUACUUUUGAGCAUUUAAGUGAAAUUCAGUUUGCGAGAUGAUUAAUGAAAAGACUACUGUUUGUAAAUCGACUUCCUAAGAUAAAAUGGUUAUAUUUCAAGGCCAUUUGAACUAUACUUACUUCGUUAUCGGGGUUUGGUUUGGGGUCUUAGACAUGGGCAAAAUUUGUGUGAACCCAAUGGCCAGUUUUUAAAUUAUACAGUUUUAGGAAUAAUAGACUAGUUUAUUUUCAAAAAGGCUAUUUAUUUUAAUAGUCUUUUUUUACAUUUGAAACCAAGCACUUGUUCUCAUUAAUAAAUGACCAAGGUCUGGUUUUGUUUACAUGCAAUAUGUUGCAGAGAGACUUAUGGCAGAUGUUGGACUUCUUAAAUGAAAUGUUAAUAAACUGUUGUUUAUAUUCUUUCAACUGAAUAAAUGUGUUAACACAAACGGCUGUAUAUAAUGUAUGAUAUAUUGAAAUUACUUGUGAUCACUAAGAAAGAAGCAACUGACUACACUAGCUAAAACUUAUUGAAACAAUGUUAUAAAUAAACCUUGAUUGUUGAACUCUGA